GGUGUGCCUCUGACGUUUUAUCACGCUGCGUCUCUUGUGACUUCUUCCUUCACCGCGGGCCAACCAAGAAUACUGGACCAAGAAUACUGGAGUAGAAGGUGUGGACUGAAGAUGGUUUGGGAUCUACUUACCGUGGCCUUCCUAAUCACUGGUGCAGUCCAGGGUCAAAGAACCAUGCAGAAAGACAAGAAAAGACUUGACCCUGAGGUCAACAUGAACAUUAGCGAGAUCAUCAGGCAUUGGGGCUACCCAGCCGAGGAGCACGACAUCAUUACAGAGGACGGCUACAUCCUGAGUGUGAACAGGAUUCCAAGCAAUCUGAAGUACUCUCAAGAUUCCAAGCCUGCAGUGUUCCUCCAGCAUGGCCUCCUGGCUGCCGGAAGUAACUGGGUGACCAAUCUCCCUAACACAAGUCUGGCUUAUUUGUUAGCCGACGCUGGCUAUGAUGUCUGGAUCGGCAACAGCAGGGGAAACACCUGGUCCAGGAGACAUGUCACACUCCGCCCUGACCAGAACGAGUUCUGGCAAUUCAGCUAUGAUGAAAUGGCAAAGAAGGACCUGCCAGCAGUCGUAAACCACAUCCUGAAGACGACAGGCCAGGAUCAGAUCUACUAUGUAGGCCAUUCUCAAGGAACAACUAUUGCUUUUAUUGCAUUCUCUUCGAUGCCUGAGCUGGCAAGCAAAAUCAAGAUGUUCUUUGCCCUGGCUCCGGUGGCCACUGUGGCCUUUACUGCUAGCCCCAUGACCAAGUUGUCCUUCUUGCCUGAAUUCCUAAUAUGGCGUCUGUUUGGGAAGAAGGACUUUUUACCUCAGAGUGAAGCCAUCAAGUGGUUCGCCACCAACUUCUGCAAUAAGGAUCCUCUUAGUGUGCUGUGUGGAAACCUUUUCUUUGUCCUCUGUGGCUUUGAUGAGCGAAACCUCAACAUGACUCGGACACCUGUGUACACCACCCACUGCCCAGCAGGAACUUCAGUUAAGAACAUGAUUCACUGGUCGCAGGCAGUGCAUGGUGGAAAGCUGAUGGCGUAUGACUACGGAAGAAAAGGGAAUAUGGGUCAUUACAACCAGUCGACCCCUCCACUGUACAACAUCCAGAACAUGAAGGUGCCUACGGCCCUGUGGUCCGGAGGUCAUGACACCCUGGCUGACCCGAAGGACGUGAAGCGGUUGCUCUCCCAGGUCCCGAAUCUGGUUUACCACCGACACAUUCAGCACUGGGAGCACCUGGACUUCAUCUGGGGUCUGGACGCCCCCCAGGAGAUGUACAUUGAGAUGAUCAAACUAAUGAGCCAGCAGGACGGGCUGUAACAGUGGUUAAAGGGUGAGAUGGAUAUAAGGUGUUAGCCAUAGGAGACGUUAACUGGAGCGCCGGCGUGCUUUACCAUUGUGUUUUUGGAUUGAAUGUGCUUGUGACUGUGUAAAGAGUGCGUAUUUACAUGAAAGUGUUUCUGUAAGCCAUGCUCUCAAGGACCAAUAGUUGUUUAGAACCUUUGUGUUAAGGAUUUGGUGUUUUACUUCUUUUUACUAUCGCUUUUACAGAACACAUGAUUGGAUUUUAGAUAUGUGUGUUUUAAGAAUGUCCCAUGUGUGUAAAUGGGGCAUGAGUAGCAAACAUUCCUGGAUGAAAUAUGAGUUGAAGGUUUGUCAUGUAACUCAGUCAUUAGUGCAUUAUCAUAAUAUGCUAAAUAUCCAGGGUCCUGUUUAACAUAAAAUUCCUCUCUCAAGACUUGCACUUUUCAAACUGUCAUCCCUAGCACUUUUUUUAUUCCAACGUUGUGUUGAUUAAUGUUGCUGUGCCUUUUUACUGAAACAAAUUCUAUUUUAGUUAUGCCUUUAAUGUCCUGUCGAUGCUGGCACAGUAACUGUGUUACUUUAUCCUCUAUGGGAGCUUAAUAGGUCUGUGGUAACUGUAAUUUAGGAUGGAAGUGUGCCGACCAAAGAAUGACUCGCAUAGGUUAGUUCAUGUAUUUACUUAUUGGAUUGUUACAACACUGUUGUAUGCUGCCUUAGUAACUAUGAACUCAACUACUCAAUAAAAAUCCCAUAGAAAAUAAA